CCAAUGGUACCGAAGCACAUGGAGACUCUUCAGAACUGGUGCGGCGCCAGCACAGAUCUCGGUCCCCUGGAGAGACUGAGCAACCUCCUCCUGGUGGAAGGGCUGACCGAUCUGCAGCAGAAGCAACAUGAUUUCGUACAGGUCGAGGUCACCAGAGGCAUGAGCCACUCCGCGAGGAAGAUCCCGCUGGAGAAACUGUUCCUGCCGCUGUCCAAAUUCAGCAUCCCCCCACGCAUCUUGGUGACCGUCGGAGGGGCCGGCCUCGGCAAGAGCACGUUGGUCAGGCUGUUUGUCCAUACUUGGGCCAAGGGGGAGACCGGGAAGGAAUUUGAAUUUGUGCUGCCUCUGACCUUCCGAGAGCUGAACACCUACGACAAGCUCUCGGGGGAGAGGCUGAUCCGACUGGCCUCCCCUCACUUGACCGAAUCGAGCUUUCUCUCGGUGGGCACGUCCAGGACCCUUCUGAUUUUGGACGGCCUGGACGAAUUUAAGACACCCUUGGAUUUUUCGGACACCGUCGUUUGCACGGACCUCCAGAAGGAGAUCCAAGUGGACUACCUGAUCACCAACAUCAUCCGAGGCCACCUCCUACGGGAGGUUUGCGUGUGGAUCACCUCUCGGCCUACGGCAGCGGGCCAGAUCCCGGGCGGACUGGUGGACCGGAUGACUGAGAUCCAAGGGUUCGGAGAUGCGGAGAUCAGAGGCUUCUUGGACCAGCUGUUUGUUGGGAGCCAGGACCUCUCCGACGGCGUGAGGGACCAUCUCAGAGCCAACCGGUCUUUGCACACCCUCUGCACCGUGCCGUCUUUCUGCCGCAUCUGCGGCUCUGCCGUGGGCUACGUUCUGAAGAGCGCCGACCGCUCACUGGACGCAGCGGCCCUUCCGAAGACUUUGUCCGAAAUCUAUUCCUAUUACUUCAAAAUGGUGCUGUGCGGUGACGGGCAGGCCAAGCAGAAGGAGACCCCCAGGAUAGAACAGGCCGCGAACAAUAACAGCAAGAAGAUGAUGAACUGCCUGGGCAGGCUGGCGUUUUACAGUCUGAUCAAGAGGAAGCACGUCUUCUACGAACAGGACAUGAAAGCGUACGGCGUCGACCUUUCCUCCCUCCACCUCGGCUUGUGCAACAGGCUGCUCCUCAAGGAAGAGGCGCCCUCGUCCCCUGUCUAUUAUUUCCCCCAUCUGACGUUCCAGGAGUUCCUGGCGGCCACCUAUUACUACGCCUCGGCCAAACGGGCCCUCUUCGAUCUCUUCGUCGAGAGUGGCAUGUCCUGGCCCAAGCUGGGCUUCCUCAACCACGUCAAGAACGCCCUCCAGAGGUCGCUGCAGUCCGAGGACGGGCACCUAGACAUCUUCGUGCGCUUCCUCGCCGGCCUCCUGUCUCCGCAGGUGAACAAGGCCCUCUCCGAUUGGCUCCUGGCAAGGGACGAGCAUCACGGCUACCGGAGCCAGGUGGUCGGCGUGCUUCAGGGCCUCCUGGCCGUGGACCAGGCGGUCUCCUGCAGGACCGUGAACCUCGUGCGGUGCUUGCACGAGAUCCAGCGGGUGGAGAUCGCCACCCACCUAGAGGAAGCUCUGAAGACUGACAGCCUGGCUGGGAAGCUGACGCCGGCCAAUUUGUCUGCCUUGGCUUACCUCCUGCAGACGUCGGAGGUCUGCAGUGAAGAGGCCAAUCUGUCCAGCUGCCUCAGUUACCACGCCUUGCAGAGCCUUCUGUCGCAGCUCCUUUACUGCAGGAAUCUCAGGUUGGACAACAACCGGUUUAAAGACAGCGCCAUGGAUCUCCUGGGCAGCGUGCUGAGCGGAAAGGACUGCCACAUCCAGAAGAUCAGCUUGGCAGAAAACCAGAUCAGCAACAAAGGCACCAAAGCGCUGGCUAGGUCCCUGAUGGUCAACCGGAGUCUCCUGGCACUGGAUCUUCGGAGCAAUUCCAUCGGACCCCACGGAGCAAAGGCGCUUGCGGAUUCCUUGAAAAUCAACCAGUGUUUGCUUUCUCUAAACCUCCAGAACAACGUGAUCAAGGAAGACGGGACGAAAUCCCUGGCCGAGGCCCUCGUCAGCAACCACACGCUGAGGACUUUGCACCUCCAGAAGAACGGCGUUGGGCCCCAAGGCUCCAAGAAACUCGCAGAGGCGCUGAAGAAGAAUUGGGGCCUGAAGGAGCUAAUACUCUCUGGUAACUGUGUUGGAGACGCGGGUGCAGCGGCCCUGGCAGAAGGACUGAAGGUGAAUCAUACCCUUUUGACUCUGGAUCUCCAGAGCAACUCAAUCAGCGACGUGGGGGUGAGCGCCCUCACACGCGCCCUCUGCUCCAAUCAAGGUCUCAUCAGCCUCAACCUGCGGGAAAACUCCAUCAGCCAGGAGGGAGCGUGUGAAGUAGCCCGUGCCCUUCGAGCAAACGGCACGCUGAGAAAUUUGGACUUGGCUGCCAACCUCUUGCACGACGAAGGUGCCCAGGCCAUUGCGCUGGCACUGAAGGAGAACCAGGCGCUCACUUCCCUACACUUGCAGUGGAACUUCCUCCAAUGCAGAGCCGCCGAAGCCCUCAGCCAAGCGUUGCAGUUCAACCAGAGCCUCGCCAGCCUGGACCUUCAGAUGGUGAUGGCUGGCGAGAGCGGGGCCAGCGCCCUGGCCGAGGCCUUGACGUCCAACCGGAGCCUCGCCACCCUCGACUUGAGAGGCAACGCCAUCGGGUUGGCGGGGGCGAAGGCGAUGGCGCAUGCCUUGAAAGUGAACUGCGCCCUCCGCAGGGUCAACCUCCAGGAGAAUUCCCUCGGCUUGGACGGAGGCAUCUGCAUCGCCACCGCUCUGUCCGGAAGCCACGGCCUCGCGUACAUCAACUUGCAGGGCAACCAGAUCGGCGAGUCAGGAGCCAAAGUGAUCGCUGACACCAUCCGCGCAAAUGCCCCCGAGUGCGUGGUGGAGAUCUGAGGAGAAGGACUCUG